AUGGCUUAUAUCGAUGGAAUGUUUCUUGUGAUUACCUCACAUACUGAAUAAGUAGUUGAUGAUGACACAAGCUGGGGUUGGAGUAAUGCAACAAUAUACACUGCAACUCUAAUUAACCGGAAGACAAAGAAAGAAAUUGAAUUUAGCAAUGGAGUAUCCGAAAUCUACUGUAUGCAGCAAGUGAAGGGAAGCAAAGGCCUAUUUAUAGUUCAGAUGAACGAACUCUGCCUUCUUGAUAUUGAGAAUCUAAAAGUCACUCAUCUUUGCAGUAAUACUUUGGGUUUUUUGACAAAGGUUUGA